UGAGCAGGGCGACUUUAAUGUUGCAGAUGUAUACAGAGCACGCCAUAAUCCACGCAUGCUUGCACAAUGUAACCCUUUCCUGCCCGGAAUGACUCAGCCUUGAGUGCAUGCUGUUUGUUUCUUUGAUUUUCUCGAUAGGUUAGGUCUCCUUUAAAAAUUCGACGAAGUCAAUUAAUUGGAUACGAAAAGGCUUGCAUCUCGAGGAGGCAUUAUUCCCAAUAGCAUUUAUCCUCCGCAACGGGAAAACGGAAUGGCAGCUCCGCUACGAUACGAGUGCGAGGAUGCGGAGGCUGAGCGAAGACGAAUGAACCAAGCAAGCAGCUGCCAUUUCGUCGACUCCUCCACUUCCGAUCUCUGAGAUGAUGUCGAACGCCUCGUGCUAAAGUAUGCUCGAUUCUCCUCUUUGGCUACGCGACUCUCUCAUCCUUGGCGGCGCAUAAGCAGGGAAUGACAACACGCCAAGAUGGUCCGCAUAAUCAGUGUGCUGGGUCUGAUCAUGUUCAGUGUGGCGCUGCUCAUACUGUCAUUGAUCAGCUACGUGUCAAUAAAAAAAGAUUUCAUCUUCACGGCCCCAAAAUACGCAAAUUCGGGUGGGCCGCGGAUGUACAUGUUCCAUGCCGGAUUUCGGUCCCAGUUGGCUAUGAAGUUCCUGGAUCCAGCUUUUACAUCACUCAACACUGCCCUGAAUGAAGAUCUGCAGGGCAAGUCAUCCAACUGGAAGUUCAAUAGGACUGCAUAUAUACAGCAAAGCAAAGACAUUGCUCAGUACAUUGAUGUUCCGCACAACUUCACCCUCACCAAAGGCAGUGUGCGCGUGGGGCAGCUGAUGCACUAUGACUACUCCAGCCACAAGUACGUCUUCUCCAUCGGGGAGAACUUCCGCUCGCUGCUGCCCGAGAUCUCUCCCAUCCUCAACAAGCGCUACAACACCUGUGCCGUAGUGGGAAACAGUGGCAUCCUGACAGGCAGCCGCUGUGGACCCGAAAUCGACAAGUUUGACUUUGUCUUCCGCUGCAACUUUGCUCCGACGGAGGUGUUCCGCAAGGACGUUGGCCGACACACCAACCUGACCACCUUCAACCCCAGCAUCCUGGAGAAGUACUACAAUAACCUGCUGACCAUCCAGGACCGCAACAACUUCUUCCUCAGCCUGAAGAAACUGGACGGGGCCAUUCUCUGGAUUCCGGCUUUCUUCUUCCACACAUCAGCUACGGUCACUCGCACCCUGGUGGACUUCUUUGUGGAACACAAGGGCCAGCUGAAGGUGCAGCUCGCCUGGCCAGGCAACAUUAUGCAGUACGUCAAUCGAUACUGGAAAAACAAGCAGCUGUCUCCCAAGCGUCUGAGCACGGGCAUCCUGAUGUACACGCUGGCCUCUUCGCUCUGCGACCAGAUCCACCUGUAUGGCUUCUGGCCCUUCGGCUGGGACCCCAACACGGGCAAGGAGCUGCCCUACCAUUACUACGACAAGAAGGGCACCAAGUUCACCACCAAGUGGCAGGAGUCCCACCAGCUGCCCACCGAGUUCAAGCUGCUCUUUAAGAUGCACACGGAAGGGCUCCUGAAACUAACACUGUCCCACUGUGCCUAGGGAGCGACUGGCGACGAAAGAGACAGUGAGAGAGAGAGAGUGGGGGAGAGAGAGAGAGAGAGAGAGAGAGAGAGAGAGAGAGAGAGAGGGGAGAGAGAGAGAGAAAGAGAGAGGGGGGGGAGAGAGGGA